AUGACAGAGUACUUGGUCAAAGACGUGACCAGCAACACAUCCGGAAUCACCCGUCCCAUGUUUGUGCAGGAGAUCACGAAAAUCGGCGAAGGGGCGUUCGGCACCGUGCUCCAGGCGAACUUGAAGAACGCGCUGUCGGAGCCAAACAGCCCGCAGGACGUGUGGAUCGGGCCGUUUGCCAUCAAGAAGGUGCCUGCACAGACGGAGUACAAGUCGAGAGAGCUCCAGAUCUUGAAGCAGACGAACCACCCGAACAUCGUGGCGUUGAAGUACUACUACAACUACCCGAACAAGGACGACAACAACCGCGUGUACCAGCACUUGGCGAUGGAGUGCCUGCCUUGCAACUUGCAGUCCGAGAUCAAGCGCUACUACAUGAACAAGUCGUUCCUCCCGGAGAGCCACAUCCGCGUCUACACCUUCCAGAUAGCCAGGGCGAUGAACUACCUGCACUCCUUCCAGAUCUGCCACAGGGACAUCAAGCCGUCGAACAUCUUGAUCAACCCGGAGACGCUUCUCUUGAAGAUCUGCGACUUUGGCUCCGCCAAGGUCUUGGAGCCCAACCAGCCCUCCGUCUCCUACAUCUGCUCGAGGUACUACAGGGCGCCCGAAUUGAUUGUCGGCUGCUGCAUCUACACCACCAAGAUCGACAUCUGGGGGCUCGGCUGCGUCAUGGGCGAGAUGUACAUGGGCAAGCCCGUUUUCCAGGGCCAGGAGCCCAUGCUCCAGUUGCGGGAGAUCACCAAAUUGUUGGGCCCGCCCUCCGAGAAGUUCAUCUACACCGCCAACCCGCAGUACAACGGGCCUAUGUACUCGCACAAGAUCUACUCGUCCACUGCCGAGACCCGCUUCCAAAAGGUGUUCAACAACGCCGACGCCGACGCCGUCGACCUUCUCAUGCAGGUCCUCGUCUACAGUCCGACCGAGCGAUACGGGCCUUCCCAGAUCAUGGCACACAAAUUCUUUAACGAAAUCAAGUCCAUCAACUUCACAGUACAGUCUAGAGCCUCGACCACCCCUCUGAAAAUCGACAACCUCUUGUUCAACUUCAGCGACUACGAGUUGCGGACCUUUGGCAGCCUCAUCAACGACAUCCUUCCUCGAUCCUGA